AUGGAUGGAGAACGAGACUAUGAUUAUAUGUUCAAAGUAAUUAUUAUUGGUGAAAGCGGCACUGGCAAGUCUUGUUUGCUUCAUUAUUUGAUCGAGAAUCGUUUCAAAAGGAAUCCGAAUCACACAGUCGGUGUAGAGUUUGGUUGCAAAAGAUUGUCAAUAGGUGAUAUAGAAAUUGCCCGAGGAUGGCGCUAUUUUGCGCCAUCCUCGGGUAAUUCAAAAAACAGGCCCCACACAGGAAUUGAACCCACGUGUGGGGCCAUUUUUGGUACGCCGAAGUCAAUAUUCUCCACAUACCAAAAAAUGGUCCCACACGUGGGUUCAAUUCCCGCGUGGGGCCAUUUUUGAAUUGCCCGAGGAUGGCGCAAAAUAGCGCCAUCCUCGGGCAAUUUCUAUAAACAAAUUAAGCUGCAAAUAUGGGACACAGCAGGCCAAGAAAGGUUCCGAAGCGUAACGAAAAGCUAUUACAGAGGCGCAGCUGCUGCACUUGUUGUUUACGAUAUCACAAACUCAGAAAGCUUUCAGAAGCUUCCUUCUUGGAUCAAUGACGUUCGAACAUUAUCAAGACCCAAUAUUUCACUUAUUGUUGUUGGAAAUAAAUGCGAUUUAAAAAGCUCCAGGGCUGUAAGUGUUGUAGAUGCGUCUUGCUUUUGUCAAGAACAGGAAGUUCCGCUUAUAGAAACGAGUGCUGCUACAGGUGAAAAUGUUGAAGAAGCUUUUAUGAAACUUGCAAAAUCAGUGCUGACAAAGCUUGAUAACAAGCAACUUGAUCAUGUGCAAGGAAUUCAGCCAGGGCCAGGGAGGCUUUCAGCAGUUCACGAUAGGUCUUGUAGUUGUUAA